AAAUAACAGCGUCUAAGAGAAAAGUUUGGCCACCAAAAACAAAAAGAGACCGGAGAAAGGGCGACAGCAUGUCACCUUGUUCUUCACAGAGAAAGUUCACCAGGGAUGCAUAUGAGAAAAACAACGUUUUCUUCACAUAUUCAACGUAACACAGGUAUUCAGGUGGAGGUCAAAGGUCGUGUGUGUCAUGACCCCACGGGAGCAGCUCAGGAAGAUGACAGCGAUGGGAGAGCAGGGGGCUUUGGAUGAGAAGCACUGGUACCGUCUGGUCAACGGCAUGUCAGCCGGAGAGCUCAGGCAGAGGCAAGAGCUGAUAAUGAGGAACCAGAUGGCCAUGGCUCCACAGAUCCUCGCUCAGGGGCAGCAGAGGUUACAGGGGGUCCCAGCGCAGUUCGAACCUCGCUUCAUGGAGAGAGAGCUGGUUCCCCCCUCGGAGAUGGUAACUUCUGAUGCCAGACAGAUGCACAUGGGACCUCACCUGGGUCCUCCUCUGCCUCCCCACGCUAACGUCCUGCCUGGCAGAGCUUUCCCUGGAGCCGCCGGCUAUGGCUUCUUGCCCUCGGAGCCCAUGGAAACAGUUGCCCGGCGACAGGAGCUCAUCCACAAGCAAAACAUAGCCAGAAUGGAGAUGAACGCCAUCCUGCACCAGAAGGAGCUGGAGAACGCCCACCAGAAGGGGCUGAUGGGAAUCGAUAACCCAAUGUCGUACCCUUCCAACCCCAUGGCGUUCAGAGGCCGCCAGCGUAUGCCCGACGGCCACGACGUCUUUGUCCACCGUCCCACCCUCGACGAACUGCACUCAAACAGCAUCCUCAUGUCCGCCAGCCCUUACCCGCCAAUCAGCACGCUGCACAGAGAGCGCGGACGCAGGGCCGGCAGGAGGCCGACCGCUCACAAGAGCGCAGAGAGCCACAUGGCCCACCUGAAGGGCCAAACUGAAGAUAAGAGUGUAGAGCAGAGCCCCGGGGCCAUAUCAGGGGAGGAGAAAGAGGUGGAGGUGAAGGGGGACAUGGGGGAGGAGUGUCCCACCAGCAAGACGCAUCAUCAAGCAAAGAUCGACACUGAACUCGCCGCCGGAGGCAGGAAGAACUACAAAGAGGGCGAGCCGGGCCUGCGUAAGGCCUGCGUGAACAGUCAAGACGGGCCAGAUGUGGUCAACAACGGUGCAGCUGAUAAAGACAUGUCCAGCCAGUGUUCGGCUUUCCAGGAGAAGUUCAUGUAUCCCUCCGCUGCUGGCGGCAUGCCUUACAUGUUCCCAGUCCCCGGAAAUGGUUUCCUUCCACCUGGUCCCCCCAAUCUCUUUCUAAAUGGCGAUGAUGUGUCUGAAGAUAUAAGGAAGUGGACCGUGAAUGACGUUUACAACUUUAUCAACAGUAUUCCAACAUGUUCAGAAUACGCUCAGACAUUCAAGGACCACAUGAUUGACGGGGAGACGCUGCCCCUCCUGUCAGACGAGCAUCUGCUGGACACAAUGGGGCUCAAACUGGGACCAGCUCUUAAGAUUCGCUCACAGGUGUCCCGGCGCCUGGGCAACAUGUUGUACAUGAUGAACCUGCCGCUCUCCACCUCCACCCUGCAGGCCACUCCAGAGAAGCCCACCGACCGCUCGUCAGAGAUCGGCUCCCCUGUGAACUGCAACAGUGAGGAGAUGAUUGCAAGUCCAAGAGACCCCGAUGUCCUCAAAUCCACAGAGCACCUGCACGAGAUGGAGAACAAUUCCCCUCCAUCUGCCAGUAGUGAGACAGCCUGACUUAUCAGCACUGAUAAUGUGGACAGAUGCAAAUCUAACCAGGCUUGAACUGCAACAGUGAUGGAUCUUUACAUUAAGAUGAUUUUUUUUACUAUUUGCUACCUGGAUGUUCAAUGCACAAGUUCACAUUAGGCCCAGGUGUGUCCUAAUAUUUGUAUUUUACACAUAUAUACAUAUAUGUACAUAUAUUUUUAACAACAUUGGAGUGAAACUCAUGGGAGUUACGAGAAAAUAAGA